GUCGGAGCUCACUUCCUGGAGACGGUUGUUCGACAGUUUGACGAAGUGUACAAGAACCCUUCGGAAACCAAGGAGUGCGACAACCUGAUCUCCAUCAUCUGCCACCUAUACAACUUCCAGGUGGUUCACUCGGUGCUCGUUUUCGAUAUCCUCAAACACCUGGUGGGAGACUUCAGGGAGAAGGACAUCGAGCUGGUUCUUCUCGUGCUGAGGAACGUCGGCUUCGCUCUGAGGAAAGACGACGCUCUGGCCCUCAAAGAGCUCAUCUGUGAGGGACAGAGAAAAGCUGGAGAAGUGGGGACAAAGUUCCAGGAUCAGACCAGGGUGCGCUUCAUGCUGGAGACCAUGCUCGCUCUGAAGAACAACGACAUGAGGAAAAUCCCCGGAUACGAUCCUGAACCCAUGGAGAAACUGAGGAAGCUGCAGAGGACUCUGGUGCAGCGCCGAGCAGGAGGCAGUGACAUGAAGCUGAGGGUCUCUCUGGAUAAUCUCCUGGCAGCAGAUCAGAUCGGGCGAUGGUGGAUCGUCGGGUCCUCGUGGAGCGGAGCGCCGAUGAUCGGAGAGCAAAACGCCUCCAAAGAGACUGAAGGAAAGUUCAGCGCUAAAGUCUUGGACCUGGCGAGGAAACAGAGGAUGAACACUGAAGUCAGGAGGAACAUCUUCUGUGUGGUGAUGACCAGCGAGGACUUCAUGGAUGCUUUUGAGAAACUGAUCAGGAUGGGUCUGAAGGACAAGCAGGAGAGAGAGAUCGUUAACGUGCUGAUGGACUGCUGUCUGCAGGAGAAAACAUUCAACGGUUAUUACGCCGUGCUGGGAGAGAAAUUCUGUUCUCACGACCGACGAUUCCAGAUGACGUUCCAGUUCAGCCUGUGGGAUAAGUUCAGAGAUCUGUCCAGUCUUCCCAGCAGCACUUUCUCCAACCUGGUGCAGCUGGUCUCUCACUUCCUGCAGAAGAAGUGCCUCUCGCUCUCCAUUCUCAAAGUGAUAGAGUUUGGGGAGCUGGAUAAAGCCACGGUGCGAUUCCUGCGUCAGCUGCUCACCAAACUGCUGAAAGAAAUGGAGCCUGAGGAGCUAGUCAGCGUAUUUGGAAGGAUCUCAGGAAUUCCCAAACUAGGAAUGCUGCGGGAGGGCUUGAAGCUUUUUAUCAGCCACUUCCUGCUGAAGAGCAUCAGGAACCAAGGAGCAGCUGAGCAAGCAGAGGAGCUGACGGAGAGAGCCAAGGUCGCAUCCAGGGCCAUGGAGGCCAAGGAGGUCAAGCUCAAACUGUAACACACACACACACACACACACACACACACACACACACACACACACGAAACUCCAGAAACUCCAGGAGCACGACUGUGGAACCGAAGAAGGACUUGUGUCGUUUCUAGUAGUUAGUCUAGUUACACUCUUACUCAAAACAAAACCUAUUACACACACACUCACACACACACACUCACACACACACACACUCACACACAUCCUCACACACACACACUCACCAGAAACUCCAGGAGCACGACUGUGGAACAGAAGAAGGACUUGUCAUUUCCUUGUAGUUAGAGUCUAGUUACUCAUACUCAAAAUAAAAACUAUGGUACAUUACACUCACACACACACACACACACACACACGAAGGACUUGUGUGUCGUUUCCUUGUACAUAAUUCUAACCAUUCAUUAAGAAGUGGGCUUUAGAGACGCAGCAGUCCUCACCCAUUUGAUUUGAACAUGUUGCCUCUUGAUUCAGAUUUAUUAUCCUGCAAUAAAUGGCUGUUUAUGACAAUUUGAAAGCUGUUUUACCCCAAACUCAUUGUCCAUAAUGGUGCUUGUAUAUAUGGAGUGAAAGCUUCAAUAAAUAUCAAACAUAUUCCCUAAA